AUGCCAGUGUGCGGUCGGUGCAAUGCGACGAAGGGGUUCAACAAGUUCCAUGCCCUCGAGAAGCUCAAGGCCCAGCCCACGUGCAAGGACUGCAUCAAGCUGCCCGUGGCCCUGAGUCCAUGCACGGAAGCUGUGGAGGCAGAGUCACCCGCGCCGACGGCAGAUGGGCCUACUCCAGUGUCAUCUCCCACCGGUGCAACCGCCAAGGUCCCACCGAUCAUGAACCUUUCCGAGUCCAAAAAGAAAGGAACGUCCGUCGACGACUUUGAGUUCUUGAGGGUCAUUGGCAAAGGAACGUUCGGAAAGGUCCUCAUGGUGCGGCACAACAAGACCGACGGGAUCUACGCCAUGAAGAUCAUCAGCAAGCAGUUCCUCGUCGACAUGGAUUCAGUCAAGUACAUGAAGUCUGAGCGCAACAUCAUGACCAAGAUCAACCAUCCGUUCGUGAUUGGACUCGAGUUUGCCUUCCAAACCGAGUCCAAGGUGUACUUGGUCAUGGAGUACCAGCCUGGGGGAGAGCUGUUUUCGCACUUGAAGAAGGAGGGCCUACUCAUGGAAGACAAGGCCAAGUUUUACCUCGCAGAAAUGAUCCUCGCGCUCGAGCAUUUGCAUCUCCAAGGCAUCAUCCAUCGAGACCUCAAGCCUGAAAACGUGCUCAUUUCUGCCCAAGGCCACGUCAAGAUCACAGACUUUGGCCUGGCCAAGCAAGUGAACGAUGGCGACGAACUGUUUACGUUCUGCGGCACCCAAGAGUAUAUGGCUCCGGAAAUGGUGCUGGGGAAUGGCUACUCGUCGGCCGUCGACUGGUGGUCGCUCGGAGCCCUCGCGUACGAGAUGCUGAUUGGUCACCCGCCGUUUGAAACCAAGACUAAGAACCGCAAGGAACUGCACAAGAAAAUCCUCACGGCCAAGCUGGUGUUGCCGAAAUGGCUGUCGUCGGACGCGCACUCGCUGCUCAAGUCCCUUCUCGAGCGCAACGUCGACAAGCGACUGGGAGGCGGCAAGUCGUCCAUGUUUGUCGUGCGAGGAGUGCAAGCGCUUAAGUGCCACCCGUUCUUCCGCACCAUCGACUGGACCGCCAUGGCCCAGAUGCGCAUUCCGCCGCCGAUGGUUCCCCGCGUCACCCACGCGGCGGACACGCAGAACUUUGAUGCCGAGUUCACGGAGCUUCCGCCCACGGACCUCGCAUGUGGAGACUUUGACGGCGACAACGAAACCUUCCGUGGGUUUUCGUUCUGCGGACGCCACGAGCUACUCGAGGUCGUGGACGAUGUCGAGAGUCUCGUGCUUCAUCGAACGCGCGCCAUGUCUCGCCGCGCGUCCAAGGAGCUGCUUGAGGUGCUUCACGUCGAGCCCUCCACGGAGACAGCAGCAGCCGCCGCGUGGACAAUUGGUCGUUGA